AUUGACUUUCUAUGAAGAAAUAAAUAAAGUUUGGCUGUUGACAAAAUCAAUGAACUUGACCAGUGUAAUAUGAAUAAUCAGCUUACAUCAGCUUUUUUAUAUAGAUAUAUUAAUGUGGCAACAACAGGUAAAUAGAUAUUCUAAUAAAGUAAAUAUUUAUUACAUCUAUUUCCUACCAACAUAUGAAACAUAGAUUUUGAAGUUUCAAAAGAUACUCAGCUUAAAUAGCAGAUUUCAAAAAAUCCGAUUAAAUGUUUGCUGCAUUUUAAAAGCUGUGAUUGCUCCGAACCUUGAAGUCCAUUUGCAAUGCUGCAUUUAAUAAGGAAUAAUUUUCUUGGAACUGCGACAGAAAAAAGACAACUUUGAGCAAGAAACUGUGAUUCAGAAAUGGCAGCCAUAAAAAAAGUGAGGUUUCAAGAAGAGAGACCAGCACACAGAUUAACAAGCGAAGAAGAAAAUGUUCUAAAGGAGCUUCGAGAAAAAAUGCAUCGAUUGAAAUUUAGGCUUCUCGACUGUCAGAAUCAAAACCAAAUGCUUCGGAAGGAACUGUUGGUAGCCAAAAAGGUGAUGAAUAAGGAAAUUGCUGGUGGAGUUUCAGUUGAGUUUCCAUCUCUGUUAAUGCAAGGGGUAGACACCACUUAUAAAGGGCGGCAAGAGAAGAUUAUAUUUCUAAAAAACCAGAUCCAGAAGAUUCAGAAUCGAAUUCAGGAACUCGAAGGAGAAUGCCCAGAAGAUAAGCUAUGUGGAGAGUGUGAGAUGAAACAGGAAGUCCCUGCUGACGAUAUUACAAUAAAGCAUGAUGUGAAUAGUCCACAUAUUAGACAGAACAUGGUGGAACUUAACGAUUUAAUAGCAAGAACAUUCGAGAAAAAGAAGAAAGUUGAAGCCUGGAAAUGCAAAAACAAAGAACUAAAACAGCAAGCUAAAGUGCUUCAUUUGGAGCUAGAAAGGCUAGUAGAAAAAAGUAAAGAUGACCAACACAUCCAAGAAACAUAUCCGAUAAUGGAAAGAGAACUGCGUGAGCGGCAGACUGAGAAAGUCAAUUUAAGAAGCAGACUGGAUGAAUCGAAAACUAGGAACAACCAAUUAGUUGCAGAAAUCUCCAUGCUAAAAGAUGAUUUGUCUGGGAUUAUAAGCAAAACUAAUGAUGAUAAAAUGCUCAUUGAAGCACUAAACAGUCAACAAGCUCAUCUUCAAGAUAUGGUCGAUCGUCAAACUUUAAUGUACGAAGAUGAAAACAGGAAAUUUAAAGAAAAUUUAAGAAAAAUACAAACAAAACACGGGAUUAGCAUCAGUUUGCUCCUUCAAUUGAAAGAAAUCAUGAACGAUAAAGAUUCGCUUUUAGAAACCCUGAAAAACUCGACUCCGCUAGUGGUUUACAUCGCUGAAAGAGAAGACGAAACUAAAAAUGAAACUGCACCUAAAUCUGAAUCGGAACUGAAGGCUAAAGAGGAAGCAGAACUGCCUUCUUCAGAGCAAGCAGUAGGAGAAGCAAAAGUGGAGGGCGAAGAAGAAAGUAUCUCGGAGGCCACCAGCGUUGCGGAUCACGAAGUUGAGCAAAUGGAAGCUGAACUACAGAAGCACAAAGCACUUUUCCAGUCAACUCAGGAUGAAGUUGAACGACUUGCUUCGCUUGCUAGAUCUAACAACAGCAAGCAGAAUGAGUGGAUGUCACGCUUAUUGCAAUCAGUGGCUAUUUAUUCACAGAGGAUAGCAGAGGUGCGAGAACUACAGGAAACUGUAAAAAGACUCCAAUUUUCUCUGUCCUCAACAAAGAAGAAAAAAAUGACGUCUGAACCUGAGCAGCCAAAGAGCUCUUUGGAAGAGAUGACAAUCAAGAAAGAUAUUGAAGAAGAAGAGCACAACUUUCUUUUCAAUUUCUGGAAGGUAUUGACUGUCAUCCACGAAAACAAUUACCACUUAUAUAACACUGUAUCAGACUGCAUGAAGAAACUUUACCUGAAUGCUAUACAAGACUGUAAGAAUAGCUUUAAUGCAAAUGACAACAUCACUGUGAACGAACUAACAGACCAAGCUGCAUCCACAUAAUAAUGCAACACGAAGCCAUUUUUUACAUUAAUCAUUUUCAAAUUAUCAAGUAGAAUUUUUGUUAAACUUGUGUAAAAGAAGGGUGUCAUAUUAAAUAGAAUUCUA